ACUGCCCUCCUACUUUUUCACGUUAGUCGUUAAAAGAUAAUAUUGAUAUUUAAUGAUAACUUCUUUAUGUUGAAGACAAUUUUGUCGACCAAAUUUGUUUUUUUCCAUUGAGUUCUGUCUUUCAACAGUAAAUUAGUUCUCAAUUCACAAGUUUAAGUGGAAACAGGCAUCAAGAGAUGAUUUUUGACGCAUUCAUUUCAACUUCAGUAUAUAUGACAGCUCAUCUUUCUCAUGCUUGGAGUGUAUCAACCUCUUUUUGGAAGAAAUGUGAUAAUAUCUUCCAUAGUGCAAAAAAAGGUUAGAUGAGGAAUGCUGGGGGUGUGGAGAGGUGGCAAUGCCUCCGGAUAUGAUGGACAAGUCUGUCGCCACCGACGGCGACUUUCAAGGAGAUGGGGAAUGGAAGAGGGUACAGCUGGAGUGGUUGUUGGCCGCCCUGGUCGACAGCAAAGUAGUCGCGAUGAAAGCGGAUUCAGGAUACAUGAAGUACCACGCCCAGUACCAUCAUCAGAAAUCAGGCCUUCCUAGACACCACCAUCACCACCACUGCAGGCAUAAGGGGCAUUCUAGAAAAUCGGCGCUGUGCAAAGUGAGGCAGUGGGAUGAUGGUUCCGCCAUGUUAGUAUCACAGUCAAAGAGGCUGCGAGGGGGUGAAGAGAGAUACGUCACCUUGGACAUGGACUCAGAAGACAGCGAUGCGACAAGAAGGAAGAAGAAGAAGAAACGUAGAAACGUCGGCCCCAUGCUGAACAGACCACCAUUGGUCAAUAAGCCAAAAAUUGUAGAUCCUGAGGAUCUUCCAAAACGAGCAAGGUGGACGAUAAUAAUUACUGCCGGUUUCCUUCUUCUGACCUGUAUGCUUCUUGUAGGAAUUACUUUAAGAAUGGCUCCAAUUAUAGACCAAAUGGUUCAUAACCAGAAUGAAGAGCUUAUAAAUUCUCUAAAUAGACAAGAAACUGAUUACAACGAGACUAUAUUAAUAGCAUGAUAUUACGAGCAGUCCUUUUAAAAAGGGCGAAAAAAAAUUUUCCAUCAAUUUCACCAGUUGGAUGUAAUAAUCGGAUGUGCCAAAGUUCUUAUGAAUUUUAAAUUGUUGUCAUAGUUGAUAUAUGUUGUGAUAGUUAUAGUUUGUGCUUCCAUAUUGGAAUUAUGAGAACCUAAAGAGAAUUGAGUAGAUCACAUAGGAAGGUGAUUUUUUUUUUUUUUUUUUUUAUAAGAACCUGCUAUUUUUAGAAUUAUAAUUCUAAUAGAAAUGAUAAAUGGUGGAGUUUGUUAUUCAAUCUUUCUAAAAAAGAUAAUUCCUACUUACAGUUAGUUUAAACUAACUGUGAGUAGGAACAAUCUUUUCAUAAAGAUUAUGUAAGGCUGGUAAGCCAUAAGUUUAAAAUAAUAAAGUUGUUCUUACAACAAUUAAAGAACAGUAUACAAUGUUGAUUAUUAGAUUUUUUAACGUCUAUGAAUGUCAAAUUAAAUACGUUUAAUUACUUAUCGACUUUGAAAUGUUGCUGUAAAUAUUAUUGUAAAUAAUAUAUUUAGGUAUUAGGUAGAGGCAAGUGCUCACUGGCAUAUUGCACAUUUUGUGUAAUUACAAUUUAUAGAAUUACCUAUAUGAGAGGGUGAAAUAAAAUGUUUUUCGGGAGGAAUUUGAUCAAAUUUAUUCAGACAAAUCUAAAGUGGACGUUUAAAAGGUGGUAGUUUUGGAAGAAAAAAUGGGAAAUAUGUGUUUUAAAAAAAAAUUGUCAACCGCUGCCUCGUAAACUAAUCUAUCUCGUCUCAUUUUAACACACUCUGAUGAUGACAGAUUCAUCCUUUGGUUUAAUAAAUGAAGUCAAUAAAGCCAAUGCUGCGGAAUUGCAUUCUAUGAAAAAUAUAAAAACUGUUUUUAAAAUGCUAAAAAAAAUUUAUAUUAUGAAAAUUUGACUGGUUAAUUGUAUAACAUUUUGACUUUUUUUUUUUUUAUAUAUCCAAGUUUUGACUAAUUUCUCCCUAUUCGGAGAGAGCAUUUUAAACAGAUAUCUAGUGCUGCAUAAGGUAUAAAAAAAAGUUCAAAACUACUUCACAAAUUUAAAAUUUUAAUAUUAAUAUAACAUUCCAAUUUUAAGUAUUUCUAACUUCAUACAAAACAAAAGGGAUUGAUAUGACCUCCACAGUUGCAAACCGCUACUAAAAAGAACCAGUUCGAUCGAUUUAAUUGACUCACAGGCCCAGCAUAAUUUCACAAUUUAAAAUAAAAGUAUUUGCGUUUUACUAAAUGUUUAAAUUUAUUUAUUUUUAAGGCAUGCAUUUAAAAUGAUCAGUGCUCAAAUAUGCAAAAAGAAAUUAAAAUUUUCAAUUGCCUGAUGCAGAAGUGUUGUGAACUGCGUGAGCUAGUUAAUAAUACUAAAAACGAGAUUAAAUCCGUUUUAAAUAAUUGGAUUUGCACUUUGUUAUUGCAUAAAGUGUUUAGUCCAUCCAUAAUGAUAAACGUGUAUAUGUAAAAACUUUUUUUUUUCUUUUUACACCAAUACUGCUCUAAAUUGUAACCGAAUACUGCAUUCCAAAAUGUCCAUUUAAUAAAAUAAGGAAGUUCUUGGGUAUUGAACAAUUUAGCGCAUUUAAUUUUCGUAAAUCCAGUCGAUUUCAACUUUAAUCGUUUAUUCAAAUGGGAAGGAAUUAAAUCACAUUUUAAAAUCCGAUUUGAUUUUUAAAAAAGAUUUUUAGAGAGAAAGCACUCGAUUCAAUCAUUAAAUAAGACUUGCAGGGCUAAAUCUAGAUUAAUUAUAUUGCUCAAUGAAAAUAAUUAUAGCGUAUAGACGACCCAUUUAAAUUAUUUAAACGUUCUUGUCGUUCGGACAAGAGGUUAUGUAUUGAAAAGUAUUUAUAUUUAUGAUGCCCAAUUUGUAUAUUAAGUAGAAACUAGUGUGAAAAAUUGUUAAGACCGUUUUUGUAAUUAUAAGGUAUUAAAAUAUGUCGAUAGCAUGUUACUGUUAUUUUUGGUGUAUCAUGAUGAUAAUUGAUAUUGUAUUAAGCAGUGGUAAAUUUACAAUUAAAUGUAUUUUGUUAUUUAUUAUACAUUUUGA